AUGCCCACUUUAGACAGCUCGGGGCAUGAUCAACCUGAAGCUGUGUCUGAUAGUACCCCCGAUUUAAAUAAUUCGGUGCAAAACAAUGUACCCACAUCGAGAGAACUGCCUGAUAUUAGACAGUUGUAUCGGUCAUUAUCUGGAGAAUCUCAAAACCAAAGCUCAACAAGUGUCAAACGAGCAAGCAACAAGAGUCCAUUAUACUCUCGGCAAAGUUCAUCUCAUAUAAUCUCGAACCCAAUAUCCUUUUUUAACCGGUGGGGUGAGGAUCCACAAGAGUCGAGAUACAGUUCAGAAGAAGAGGAAGCAGCGGAUAGAGAUGAUACCGAACAAGAAGGUGCAACUUAUGGAUCAGAAAAUCGCCCAACUAGUCACUGGAGUAACCAACCGGAUGAGAGUUACCAGAAUGAGCCUACAUCACCCCAAUCACGGCGUCCUUCCGCUAUACAAAACUUUACCAAAUUUGUUUCUAGAUCGAAUCGUGAUGGACAGAUUGAACCGAAAAGAAAGAGAAAAGACAAACACCAGAGACCGGGAUCUCAAAUGGGAGAGCAGAAUUAUUCCUACACAAAUACCGAUUUGAGAGCACAAAGGCUUAUAAAUUCAUUUAUCAUCAAUGGACCAUCGCUAGGCAUCAUGGCAUCCUGCUUGUUUGUGGAUGAGGGUGGAAUAGCUAGGGCUCCUUUGUUGUUCUCCCUAUUAGGCUUCAACAUUGUUGACAUUUCGUCAAGUGAGUUCACCAAGAACAGAAACUUUCGUAUUGACUUGGAGUAUGGUGUUGGUGAUAAAAGUAUGAAAUGGAGUAUUGAAAGAACAAUUACUGACUUGUUCUACUUGCAUUCCCGUUGUAAAAUUGAUAAUUGGAAAACUGUUUUUGGCACUAAAACCAAAUUGCCAAAGUUUCCCAUACCUUCCUUUAAAGACAGAAGAAAAAAGACAAAGGUGUCUGAUACUGCGUCGCAGAUUAAUAGUGUCCUUCAUGGGGACGCGGACAAUCAAUCAAUAAUGAGUACACAGUCGGGUCUUUCAAGAAUGCGACUGCGAUUGGGAAGUUUGACGUCGGCUAUAUCUCGUGAGCAUGUACCAAAGGAAAGUAGAUCCGACUACGUUUUGAAACUUCGUAGGAAAAAUGGAGAAUAUUUAAAGCAAAUGGAAGAUUACUUGAAAGAGCUUAUUGAGUUUGUUGCCUUGACUCCUUUAUCCAAUUACGUGUUUAUGUUUUUUGAAAUCUCACCAAUCUCCUCAUUAUUGAAUUAUGAGGGUUCUUUUCAAGGAAAGCAAGGCUCUAUUCAUAUUAGCUCUUCAGCAAAAUCGCAAGGAUGGAGAGUUGGACAUUUCAAAGCAAACGAUUUGAAAGGCAUGUACGAUAGACGAACAGAGAAGUGGAUGCUCGUUAGAAACAGCUAUGUCGUGUACGUUUCAGAUAUAAACUCAACAACUCCAUUGGAUGUAUUCUUGGUCGACUCAAAUUUCAAAAUUCACACUAAAAACAAUGUGGUAAAAGAUGAUGAUGAAAAUGUCGACUUUGACGAAAAUGAGGCUGGUAAAAAUGUACGUCAUCACGCUAAAAUCUUUCCCCAUUUGAAAAUUGUUUUGGAGAACAGGGAAAGAAAAUUGGUAUUAAAUCCCAAAUCCUCAAGGGAACAUAAAGCAUGGUUGGAGUCAUUUCGUCAAAUGCAACACAACACUGAAUGGGGAGUGAGACAUCGUUUUGAUUCUUUUGCGCCAAUUAGACAAAAUUGUUUUGCACAAUGGUUCGUCGAUGGUAGAGAUUACUUUUGGGCAGUUUCUGCUGCUAUCGAAAUGGCAAAGGAAACAAUUUACAUUCAUGACUGGUGGUUAUCCCCAGAGCUUUACCUAAGAAGACCUGCAUUAGGUAAUCAACAAUAUAGAAUUGAUAGGUUAUUGCAAAGGAAGGCAAGAGAGGGCGUUAAAAUCUUUGUCAUUGUGUAUCGAAAUGUUGGUACUACAGUUGCUACAGACUCACUAUAUACAAAGCACUCUUUGUUGUGGCUCAAUGAGGAAAACAUUCAUGUAAUUAGAUCUCCCAAUCAGCUUUUGCAAAACACAUUCUUUUGGGCCCAUCAUGAAAAGUUGUGUAUUGUGGAUCUGACAUAUGCAUUUUUAGGAGGGAUAGAUUUAUGCUAUGGUAGGUAUGAUACUGCUGACCAUGUUUUAGCAGACGAUUCGCCCGAAGAUUUCGAACAAUUUGGAGCAGAUGACUAUGCCACAGUUGCUGACUUGGAGAACUUUCAGGUAUUUAUGGGUAAAGAUUACUCCAAUCCUAGAGUCAAAGAUUUCUUCGACUUGGACAAGCCUUAUAAAUCCAUGUACAACAGGCAAACUACCCCAAGGAUGCCUUGGCAUGACAUACAUAUGAUGACUUAUGGAAAAGUUGCAAGGGACUUAUCACGUCAUUUUGUGCAACGAUGGAAUUACUUAAUCAGACAAAAGAGGCCCAGCAGACUUACUCCUUUAUUAUUACCACCACCAGAUUUCACUGACGAGGAAGCACGCAAUGCUGGAUAUAGUGGUACAUGUGAGGUGCAGCUAUUAAGGUCAUCCGGCAAAUGGUCUUUGGGCCUUGAAGAGCAUGAGCAAAGUAUACAAAAUGCGUAUUUGAAAUUAAUAGAGACUUCAGAGCACUUUGUUUACAUUGAGAAUCAAUUUUUUGUUACUUCGUGUUUCAUUGAUGGUGUGGAAAUUAAAAAUAGAAUUGGAGAUGCUUUAGUUGAAAGAAUAAUCCGUGCACACCAAGAAGGUUCGAUCUGGAAGGCAAUAAUUGUCAUCCCUUUGAUGCCAGGUUUUGAAGCUCAAGUUGAUGAAGCAGAGGGGUCAUCUGUUCGAGUGAUAAUGCAAUGUCAAUUCAUGUCAAUAUCCCGAGGUGAGACCUCAAUUUUUGCUAAGUUGAGAAAAAAAGGCAUCAAUCCAGAUGAUUACAUUCAAUUCUUCUCUUUAAGAAAGUGGGGCAGAAUAGGUCCACAACGUACUUUGGUGACAGAACAACUAUACAUACAUGCCAAAUGUAUGAUUGUAGAUGAUCGAUCGGUGAUUAUAGGAAGUGCUAAUAUCAAUGAAAGAUCCAUGCGUGGGGUGCGAGAUUCUGAAGUAGCAGCAGUUGUCAGGGAUACUGAAAUGAUUUCCACUCGUAUGAACGGAGUGCCCUACAAGGCCGCAAGAUUUGCUCACACUUUGAGAAUGAGAUUGAUGAGAGAGCACCUAGGAGUCAAUAUUGAUAUUUUGGACACAGUCGAAAGGCGCUUCAAAAGGUUUGAAGAAUUUGCAAAAACCGAAAAGGGGUUGAAGUUUGCAACCAACAAGUUCCGACAUAAGAGCUAUCUUAUUAAUUCAGCUAUGGUUGAAAUAGCUUCCAGAGAUGUGUUGAAUGAGAAGGAAGGAACCAGAAGAUGGAAAGAUCACAUCAAUAUUUCGAACUUGGAGGAAACCGUGGCUGAGGUUAAUUAUGAGGAGGAAGUUGCUGAUGCACCAAAGCCACUAGACUUGCCAACAAUGUUCAAUUAUCGAACAGGUCCAAAAGAAGCCAAUAUGGGAGUGCGUGACAAGAAAAAGAAGUCCUAUGAUAACCGUGUGCAGCAUAGUGACCAACACAAAGAGGACGUUCGUGGUUAUGGUUUAGAUAAAUACCAGUCAGAAUUUGCUAAAAGUGCUCGCUUAUCGAGUAGUAAGUUCUUACAAGAGAAAUCACUUCAGGUGAUGGAGUCGGGCUUGCCAAGGAACAGCUUUUUGCCCCUGUAUGAGGAUGUGCUCGAGUUUUUGAAUUGUGACGAUGACUUAGUUGCUGCAAACAAUGACGAAGAAUCUGAACAACUAAUCAACGAACGAAAUCAGGAACGAUGGAUCUUGUUGAAAAAGGUGUCGUAUUUACAAAGAGUAGCAGCAAAUGAGAUGAAGUAUAUCGCUGCAGAAAACAAAAAACGUGCUAGCGCCGGAUUGUCACCAUUAAAACCAUCAAAUGAUAUGAACGGGACUCUAACGGAGGUUGAUGAAUCAACCACGGACGAAAAACCAAGUCCUGAAGAAGCAAUGCGAAGUGGCUUCCAAGCCGGCUCUCCAGUCUCAUGCAGUGACCAAGAGAUCAAGGACAUCCUUGAUACAAUAUCUUCUCCUGAUGCCGAAUGUGCCAAUUCGUUCAUAGAUCCUUACGGGUUUGAGGAUCCGUUGGAGCCUGAAUUUUAUGAACUAUUGUGGUUCGAAAUUGCUAGAAAAAAUACUGAUAUCUUCCGAAUGGUGUUUCAUUGCCAGCCUGACGAUGCUGUAGCUCGAUGGUCUGACUAUACGAACUUUUCUAAGUUGCAAAGCAAGUUCAUGAAGGGUCAAACUGUAGCGAGAGAGCCGGCUUCUACUUCUAAGCCAGAAACGAGUGAACUAAGUGAGGAUAUUUUACACCUAGGAAAUAAUAACGAACAAACCACUGAUGGUUUGGGAGAGGAUAUUGGAGUCUUGGGACGAGUACCUCCAGAGAAAAAAGAGAUGGUAGAUCUAGCUGAGCAUGAAAGUAAGAGGCGUCACAAGUUAGCCAGAAAAUUUAGCUCCGUACCUGGCAUUCUGGAUAUAAAUGGAAAAGAAAAAAAUCAUAAUGAUGAGCUUGAUGACGAUGGAAAGAGUCCUGUAGUGGAUGAAAAUGAAUCUCGCGAAGAUGUGGAACAAGAUACGACGGAGGAGUCACCAACGCACGGAUCGGCAAGAAAAGAUAAUGGAGCUUCUAAAACUCAUGAAAGAUAUCGCAAGAAUAGAGCUACAAAUUUUGCAACACGCAGACGAAUGUUGUCAGGAGAGUUAAUUUAUGACAAAGAAACAGCUGAAAAGUUGUUGGGUAACAUCAAAGGGCAUUUAGUACUAUUCCCUGUGCAAUGGCUUGAUGUCGAGUUGGAAAAUGAUAAUUGGUUCUACAAUACUGAUAGAAUUCCACCAAUGGAAAUCUACGACUAG